AUGGCCGAAACACUAAGGCAACAACAGCAACAACUGCCUCCAUCUCCACCAUUGCCUGUACUACCUUUGAUACAAGCACAUCAAGCGGAUGACCGCACUAUUGCUUUAACUAAAGAGUUCAAAAAGAUGAAACCGCCAUUGUUUUGUGGAGGAGUUGAUCCUCUGAAAGCCGAGGCUUGGGUACUUGGCAUUGAAAAAUUAUUUGAGGUAUUUUUGUGCACUGAUGCACAGAAAGUUCAGUUAGCAGCAUUUACUCUGGAAGGUGAGGCCCGUAGAUGGUGGAUGUUGAUUGGGAAUAAGGAUGAAGGAAUCAAUUGGGCACAAUUUCUUGAAGUCUUUUAUGAAAAAUAUUUCCCGCAAUGCAUUUGGGAUUGGAAAGUGUUUGAGUUUGAAAGAUUGAAGCAAGGCAAUCAUACAGUAGCUGAAUAUGAGGCGCAAUUCACUGAGUUGGCCAAAUUCGCACUGCACAUGGUUGACACUGACUAUAAAAAGGCGAGGAAAUUUGAAGGUGUGCUUAGAGGUUCAAUUCAAGAGAGAGUGAAUGUUCUGAAAUUUUCAAAGUAUGUGGAUGUGUUGGAUAGGGCUUUAAUGUCCGAAUCAAAUAUGGCUUCACACAAUCGACCAUUUGAAUGGAAAGGAAAAAUGCAGGGCUCUUAUUCGAAUUAA